CCACCGGCCGCCAGCCCCGUCAGUCCCCGCGCACGUUACGACGCGAUCACACGUUAAACGCCUCCACAAGAAAUUCUCACGACGAAAAAGCUCUCUCCUAAGUGAAGUUAAUCGCAUUGUGUGAAGUGAAAACCGCGUGUGUUGUGGAAAUUGAAUGCGAUCUGUUUUCACGGGAUGCUUAUACUGAUUCCAUGCAAGGAGCUUCGGAGAGCAGAGCUUACCUACUGAAGAAAUCAGUCACUAAUGUUGUGUGAGCGGUCCACGGGGUCGCGAUGCGCGAGGAAGAGCUCGAGGUGGCGCUCAAGCUGGUGAUCGUCGGCGACGGCGGCGUCGGCAAGUCUUCCAUGAUACAGCGCUACUGCCGCGGGACCUUCACGCGGGAUUACAAGAAGACUAUCGGCGUCGACUUCCUCGAACGACAGAUUGAGAUCGACGGCGAGGAGGUCCGGCUGAUGCUAUGGGACACGGCGGGGCAAGAGGAGUUCGACGCCAUCACCAAGGCGUACUACCGCGGCGCACACGCAUGUGUGCUCGCCUUCUCUACCACCGACCGCGACUCCUUCCUCGCUCUACACUCGUGGAAACUCAAGGUGGAGAACGAGUGUGGAGAGAUACCCACGAUCAUAGUUCAAAAUAAAAUUGACCUUAUGGACCAGUGUGUCGUUGGACCUGACGAAGCGGAGCUGGUGGCCCGAGCACUAGGCUGCCGGCUGAUGCGGGCGUCGGUGAAGGAAGACGUUAACGUGGGCGCGGUAUUCCGUGCGCUGGCAGCGCGCUGCCUCGCUGACAUGAGGCGGGAGGACGCGGCUGAGAACGGACUGUCGCUCAACGUCGCGCCGGUUAUAGGUAACUUCACGAACCACAACAGCAACGGCACGAUCCUGCUGCGGCCAACCAAGCACCGACCCGGCGGGAAGAAGAAGAAUGUCCUCAAGAAUGCCUGUCGAAUACUCUAACUCUCACAGUACUCUCUUUUUAAAUAUAUCUUAACUAUAACGACAGCAGCAGGCUCUACGCGGCAACCGCGUGCGCGCGGAGCGAAUUAUAUCGGAGGGUUUCAACCAAUAAACGCGGCGAAUGAUAUCUACGUGGAAAGACGUUGUACCGCUAUUGGUCAAAGCCAAAUAUAACUGGUCUGGUCUGGACAGAGUAUACAGGAGAUAUAUUUCUCGUGACGGUAUUUAUAUAUUUAUGUCCUGCUGUCGUUUAUAUUCAAGCUACAUUUGAUGAGGUUCACCUGAGAGAACAAAGAAGCAACAAUGGACCUAGAAAAACUAUAUUUUUCAAAGUUCGUGAAACAAGUGAAGUGAAUUUUGUGAAGUGUUAAUUUUCGAGUUAUGCCCUUUUAAAGGGACAAAAUAAAUAACUGUCAAUGGACUAAUUAAUAUUGAACUUAUUUUCAUUUGUUUAAAAAUCGUGAUACUUAAGGAACUAAACUUUACCAGCUUUUAACAUAAUUAUUGUAGGUUGAAUAUGUGCGCUAGAAAACAAAUGAAGAAUAUUAUUUUGCUUCAAAUCAACAGCAGUUACAGUUUUCAAGCGCACUCACUACUAUGUUGUCAAGUUUCGUGUAUAUAUGUAAGUAAAUAUAACUUGCGAUGUGCAAUCAUAUUAAGAGAGUAGUUCUAUGCUACUAUAUUUUAAUAAUUUUGUGUAUUUUAAUUUGUAACAAAAACUUAGAAAAGAUUUAAUACGACUAAGUUUGUAUGUCAUAAAAAUGAAUCUUAGUCAUUUUUAUAAGUUCAAAAAUAACAAAAAGCUUGUAAAUAUUUUGUUUUUACUUUAAUACGUUCAUUUUAUGGAGAAACAAUAAAUUAUUUUUAUAUA